AUGGCCCCAAAGGCAGUAAAUCCAUCCGCCAGAAGCUGGAGAGCUUUUCCAAGGAGAAGAAAGACUGCUCUCCUCAGACCUUUGGGAUCCCCCUCCACCAGGUCAUCGCCAACGACCGUGCGCACAGGCAGCUGCAGGAGGAGCUGAGGAAGAGCCGCCGGCUCUGCCUGGAGGUGGAGGCGUCGGUGAGGAGGUUCCAGGCUCAGAGGCAGAAGAGGUGCCCGGCGGGCAGGAGCUGUGCCCUGGCACCCUGUGGGGUCACCCCGGAGGAGCCCCUUUCCCCAACUUUCCCCAGCAGCAGCUCCCGGAGCCAGCGGAGGGGGGCCAUGUCCGUGGACUCCAUCACUGACCUGAGUGACAACGCUUCCAAGCUGCUGGAGGCCCUGCAGCUCUCACACCCCCACGAGCUGGAUCCACGCAGAGGCCCGGGCAAGAGGACCUUGAGCCUCAACCCCAUCACCCAGCAGGUCCCGCGCAUCGUGGACAGAUGCUGCAAACACAUCGAAGCCCACGGUCUCCACACCGUGGGCAUCUUCCGAGUUGGGAGCUCCAAGAAAAGAGUCCAGCAGCUGAGGGAGGAGUUUGACCAAGGCCUGGAGGUUUUCCUGGACGAGCACCAGAGCGUUCACGACGUGGCUGCUCUGCUCAAGGAGUUCCUGCGGGACAUGCCGGAGCCUCUGGUCCCCAGGGAGCUCUACUCACCCUUCCUCCACACAGCCU